AUGCUGCGUGAUUUCCAUGCAGUUAUCUUGUUCAGUCUCCUUGUGUGGUUGGCGGGUGACGUAGGUGUCGUGUAUGGAUCCACGAAAUGUGAUCCUGUGGAGGGGUAUUAUUUGCCAAAUGGUGAGGACUAUCGUGGGCAUUUAAACUUUACGGAGAUGGGGAUUCCAUGCCAGAAAUGGAAUGAACAGCAACCCCAUCGUCAUGACACGCAUAUACCAGACCCCUUGACGGGUGUGGGAAAUCAUAACUACUGUCGAAAUCCAAGUGGGCUUGAACGCCCCGGCUGUUUUACGAUGAAUCCUUCCAUACGGUAUCAAUUCUGUGACGUGGGGCUCCCUUGUAGGUGGACACCACCAGAGACAGUUCUGCAGUUUGAGCCCUCAUCUGGCACGGAACUGCGGGCUGAUCAACCUGUUAAAAUCACCUGUUACCCACGUCCAUGUGAAAUCUACUACACAUUAGACGGUUCCACACCCACAACAUCAUCAGGCAUUUUAUACUUACGACCCAUAGUGUUGAGUAGAAACUCAACUGUGAAUGCCUUAGCUCUUUUUGCUUCAGAAAAAGCUUUGCAGCGUCAGGCAUUUUACUCAAUACCUCCACGUCCAACCCCAAGCGGCGCUUACUUUAGUCCUUUACCAAGCGAAGUGUCCCAGGGCCCUGUGUUGCUUUUCCUUAAAGGGUUAAGGGAUAAUGAUAAAGCUCUUAUAUUCAAAAAUGAGGACCUUCGCGGGUUUCCCUACGAGGGUCCGUUUUGGCUAAACGAGAGCACAAAUGUGACAGCUGUCAUAAAUGGAGAGGACCUUGUUCGUGCAAGCUAUGUUUUUUUUACAACGGGAGUAAUUUUAGAGAUGUAUCCUGCUUCAGGAAAAUACAUUGGAGGUGUUUCGUGUCUUGUUUAUCAAUCGGAUCCUCAGGCAAAUAACACAAUUUCAAUAAAUGGUUUAAGUUGGCAGCCCCUUAGUGAAUUUGUUUUCAUUUUAGAUACUGUUGGUAUCAAUGUGGUGGGAGUAAGAUCCAUAUCGUUGGGUGGCGUAAUGAAUGCUGUUUGGAGGAAAUAUGAGAUUGCUGAGGCUAUUCCCCCUGUGCUAUUACCGGCACCUGAUGUCGUUUACACAGAACCUAUUCGUGUGACAUGCAAAGAUCCAAUGGGACGGGCAUUAGCUGUCGAUAAGAAGGAUGGGGAAUUGAUCUAUUCCAUCCGGCUUGACAUCCCUGGUCGGUUUUCCGUCAACUGCACGUAUUUGGACGAUCUGCAUAAUAAACGAUCCGCACACGCCGUGUACGAAAUUGAGCCCAUUCCUCUACCAAUGCCGCUCUUGCGACCGGAAUGUGGUCGUAGUUUUCCCAUGAUACCUCUUCUUCUUGUGACAACAAUAGUGCCUCCGCCUGACGCGGGGUACGAGAGGGAUCCGUGGAGGCUUGGACUCAAUGCAUCUUCGACUGGUGCCACACUCCAAAAAAUUUCGGGCAAUGGCUCCUUUCUUCUGAAGCCCACGCAGACAGAUGCCAUAAAUGUGACGGUCACACUGUGCACCCACUCUUCUUCCCCGUUGGAGGCGGACAGCCCAAUUUUAAUUUGUCGGUAUGAAAUGCUGCCGCUCGGUUUAUCCGUGACCCCGUGGUUCGUGGGUCGCAUUGGCUGCGAAAAUUGCUCUGGUUCUGUUGAUUUGUUGUUGCGGCAGCUUUCAAAUUGCCUUUCAUUUGGUACGACAGAACUUAUUUUUAUUCAGACGGUAGGGCCUUUUGUGAUGAUUCAAUUGCAGCGUCUACCGACGUCUCUAAGAAUGGAGUACUACACUCGCACCGGGGACUGCCUUUCUGAUAAAUAUUUAACGGAUGUUAGAAAUGAAACCAGUGGGUCGAUACAGUUAGCACGAUGGUGGGCUGUGAAUAGGACAUCGUCGUCGUUGGACUUUGUUACGGGCGCAGGGAUAACAAUUGUGGUAAAAGGUUGGGGGCUUGACUCGGGCGAAUUUCAUUUUGUUCGUGAAGAGUUUCCCUGCAAUGAUAUCGGCGUAAGUUAUUCCACGAGAAAUUCUCUUGAUUUAUUUUCUUUAAAUUUGCUGUUUGUCAUCGACACCCCAGGGAGUUACAAGCUUUGUGCAUCGCUCAAUGAUGCCCUGUACGCUGUACCAUCCAAUGGAACCCUUAUCGUGGACUCAAGUCAGUUGCCGGUCCUGCUUCCCGCACCAUGUGGUGGCAGCUCGGAGGGCCCUGUAGAUGUGGUAUUAGAAAUGGCAUCGCGAGGUGUAAAUCCAUAUCUUUUUAUUUCGAUCGAUAAUGGGUUUUGGUACCGUGUGGCAGCUGGCACGGCGGUACACGUUGCCAAUUUAACACCGUCCGUCACAUAUGCAACCUUGGCAAUUACUGCAGGCCAACGCAGCGUGGCCUCAGCAGUAUGCGUUUUUUACCUUCCCCAGGGAGAGAUGCCAAAAAGAGCAACAUACAACUGGGCUGUGGCUUUCACGUAUGAGGGUAGAAGCAAUGUUCUUCUUUCUGUGAAUGGCACCUUCUCUGGGAAGAGUCGCGUGGAACUGCGCGCGUAUGGACCGCGGAGAGGCCAAGCGAACGGUUCUGUUUCAACAAUGAAUGAAACGGCGCUUCAGCGGGCUGUCUCAGACAUUCCCUUUUUUGUCUCGUUGGGGACGUUUAUGGGAACGUUUACGGUGGCGGAUACUCUUCUCACGCUUGUUGGCAGUGCGGAUGAAUACCCGGUUUCCAUUGUUGUGUCUGUUGAUGGUACUUCCAUGGAUGCAGAGCCGUUGAGUGUAGCUUUAUCACCACUAGCUAUUGCCAUGCAUUCCUGCAAGAAUUGUAUAAGCGGCUGGUGCUUUCGUGACCAAUGCGUCUGUAUUGGUGAAAAAAACCACACUGCCUACUUGUGCGUUGAAAACCCCUUAUCACCCACGCAUCCCGACUCUGCUUCUUCUCGUUUCAAGCUGUUGAUGGUGUACUUGCUACUUCUUGCUGCGGUUUUCAUUUUUGUGGGGUUUGCCAUAUAUAAUGGGACGAAAAGGGGUGCCCCACAACGUGAGAGUGAGGGCGGUUUGGCUAGGCCGUAG